AUGUGCACCGUGGUGGAGGGCACAGUCAAGACAGAAAGGAGCCGCGUCAAGUCGACAGGAAAGGGGAGGCGGCCCGACUUCCAUGGACACGGGAUCACGGGAAGCCACCGGCAUCUCCGGGAGAAGGACCCGGCUGCCUCGGGAGUGAGCGCACUCCCGAAAGCCCAUCUACGGCCUUUGAAGAGGACGCCGGAACGGAGACCCGAAUUACUGGCACAGAAAGCCACCAUUCAUGAAAUACAAUUUAGCGGAGUGAAGACAAACAAAACCCGCGAGGCGGGCCGGGACUCGGAACUGAGGAGGGGAGACCUCCGCGGGUCCGAGACCUACCACAGUCUCAGCCUCACUCGACCCUCCCGGCUACUAAACCCGGCUAUGGGUCUGCAACCAGUCUUUUUUCCCCGGCGAGUGCAGACCGUCCCCUCGCCCCCUUGCCUCGCCGUCUCGGGUUCUUUUACCACACUCUUGGCCUUGCUCCGCCAGGAGCGCCGGGAGGGGGCUAUGUUCCUGAGUGUGGGUGGAGCGCAGCUCCGUAGCGCCGCUGGGAGUCGGAGAACCCCGACUCGGGCCCAAUCAGCAGAGAGGGGUGGGGCGGCCGGGCGGGGGCGGGGCCAGAGUGAGCGCGACCGCGGCCCCGCACGCCAGGAGUCGCGGAGCGGGCGCGGCGGGGACGGUGGCGGAGCACAAGACUCGACCGCUGAUGCGGGCGGCCGCAGCCCCAGGGAGAUUGCCGGGACCUCCGACUCCAGCCCUGCGGGCUCCAGGGAGAGCGGCGCCGACAGCGACGGGCAGCCGGGGCUCGGCGAGGCAGACCACUGCCGCCGCAUCUUGGUGCGAGAUGCCAAAGGAACCAUCCGAGAAAUUGUCCUGCCCAAGGGCCUGGACCUGGACCGGCCCAAACGGACCCGCACGUCCUUCACGGCUGAGCAGCUCUACCGCCUGGAGAUGGAGUUCCAGCGCUGCCAGUACGUGGUGGGCCGUGAGCGCACCGAACUGGCCCGCCAGCUGAACCUCUCCGAGACGCAGGUGAAGGUCUGGUUCCAGAACCGCCGCACCAAGCAGAAGAAAGACCAGAGCAGAGACCUGGAGAAGCGGGCGUCCUCCUCGGCGUCCAAGGCCUUCGCCACCUCCAAUAUCCUGCGGCUUCUGGAGCACGGCCGGCUGCUGUCCGUGCCCAGGGCCCCCAGCCUCCUGGCGCUGACCCCCGGCCCACCGGGCCUGCCUGCCGGCCACAGGGGCACCUCCUUGGGUGACCCCAGGAACUCCUCCCCACACCUCAACCCGCUGACCUCGGCCUCGGCCUCGCCCCCACUGCCGCCCCCUCCGCCGGCGCUCUGCUUUUCCACCGCCCCGCUCCUGGACCUGCCUGCUGGCUACGAACUGGGCUCCUCGGCCUUCGAGCCCUACAGCCGGCUGGAUCGGAGAGUGGGCAGCCCCGGCGGUGGUAGCAAGAAGGCCAACGCUUAA